AUAAAUGACCACCCGCUGUUGAAGGCCCAAGUAACAAGCAAUACAUCCUUAAGACAUUCUAUAAGCUUCUACUUUUUUGCUUUCAGUUUCUCUACAUGGUCCUCAUAACAUUUAGGCAUGAAUUGAUAUUCAAACUAGUCCUCUCCUUGGCUACUUUCCAUACAGUGAUUGCUGGGGAUCCAGAUAUCACCUCAGAUUUUAUAGUCCCACCAAAUGUUACCAAUGUUGAUAGCAACUUAUUCACAUUUACUGGUAUGAGGAUUCUACUUCAGGCACCCCCACCAACAGCUUUUAAAGUAACCAAAGCAAGCAUAGCAGAAUUCCCAGCUCUUAAUGGCCACAGUGUUUCAUAUGCAGUUCUACAAUACCCAGCUGGUUCAGUUAACCCGCCUCACACCCAUCCCCGCUCAGCUGAGCUCUUGUUUCUCCUUAAUGGCUCCCUUCAAGGUAGAUUUGUUGACACGACAAAUAAGCUCUUUACUAAGACACUCCAAGCUGGUGACUUGUUUGUAUUUCCAAAAGGACUCGUGCACUAUCAGUACAACAGUGAUGCAAAUAAUUCUGCAAUAGCUAUUUCAGCAUUUGGAAGUGCAAAUGCUGGAACUGUGUCAGUCCCUAAUUCUGUUUUCGCCACUGGAAUUGAUGAUGGGAACUUGGCGAAGUCUUUCAAUACUGAUAUUGGCACCAUUCAGAAAAUUAAAGCUGGGUUUGCACCCAAGGCCUGAGGUAGCAGACCCUUGCUACUUACUGAAGGAUCAUUGUUUUGUUUUUGCUAUAUUCUUCCUGUAGUAAAUAAUUUUUCUUUAAUAAUGUACUUAACGAUGAGGUGAAGGCUAUUCUUUUGUAGUUGGAUUCCCAAAA